ACUUGCCAUCAGCAGCCUCACCUACUGAAUAUCCAUUACUGGGAGUCUAUGAGUAAAGGACAAAUAGAUUCACUCCUACUGCAGAGGCAAGAAGGACUUGAUUCAGCUGCUGAAGUGGAACCCUCUGUAUCCUCCAGCCACCUGCGUGCAAGGAAAGUCUGUUGCUGAUCCAAGGGGCUUGUUUGAAAGGCAAUGUAAGGGUUUAUAUUUAUUUGAUGCACUUUGGAAGCAGAUGUGUUGAUAUUAGGCACAUUGCAUGGGGUUUUGAAGACUCCGGUCUGCUGCUGGCAGAGAGAGGAGAAGGAUUGACCUCCCUAGCAGGUGGACAGCCUCACCUGGAGAAGACACCCGAGUAAAAGCAUUGAGGACAGUUCGGAGUCAUUAAUGAGUUGCUGGGGCUCCCUUUAAAUGUGAUAAUUCAAUUGUCUGCCGGGAUGGAAAGAGUGUAAUUAUAUCUGGAAGGAGACAAGUUAGAGACAUACAGCGAUGUUUCCAUUGUGUUGAAGAAGAAUUGUCACCAUGACCAUGGAUCCCAUAUCCCUCCCGAUGGCUUCUUUCAUGGAACCCACGGAAUCGGACGCCAACCUGACUUUGUACAAAAACAUUACUGAGAAUGUAACAGUGGUGGAAUCUGCUAUAACGGGAAUGAGUUCCGUACUUAUCCCUUUUAUUUACCUGUUGGUCUGCGCUAUUGGACUCAGCGGCAACACUUUGGUCAUUUAUGUUGUCCUCCGUUAUGCCAAAAUGAAGACCGUCACCAACAUUUACAUCCUAAACCUGGCCGUUGCUGACGUUCUAUUUAUGUUAGGAUUGCCUUUCCUUGCCACCCAAAACGCUAUCUCCUACUGGCCUUUUGGGACAUUUCUUUGCCGGUUGGUGAUGACCGUGGACGGCAUUAACCAAUUCACCAGCAUCUUCUGCCUCACCGUCAUGAGUAUCGACCGCUACUUGGCCGUGGUCCACCCAAUCAAGUCAACAAAGUGGAGGAGACCAAGGGUGGCAAAGCUCAUCAGCGCCACGGUUUGGACUUUCUCUUUCCUGGUUGUCCUCCCAGUAAUCAUCUUCUCGGACGUCCAGCAGGACUUACUGACCUGCAACAUUAACUGGCCGGAACCUGUGAGCAUCUGGUCCGCCGCGUUCAUCAUAUAUACGUCUGUGCUGGGUUUCUUUGGACCUCUGCUCGUAAUUUGCCUCUGCUACCUUUUAAUCGUAAUUAAGGUAAAGUCUUCAGGGCUCCGCGUGGGAUCCACGAGACGUAGAAGAUCCGAGCGCAAAGUAACAAGGAUGGUGGUUAUUAUAGUAGCCGUUUUUGUAUUCUGCUGGCUUCCCUUCUACAUUCUGAACAUCGUGAACUUGACGUUCAUCGUGCCCGAAGAGCCGGCCUUUGUCGGAGUGUACUUUUUUGUUGUCAUCCUAUCGUACGCCAACAGUUGCGCCAACCCCAUACUGUACGGUUUCCUCUCGGACAAUUUCAAGCAGAGCUUUCAGAAGGUCCUGUGCCUUCGAAAGAGCAACGGCAUCAAGGACGCCGACCUGACGGAGAACCGACAGGAGAAGAGCAGCCGCGUUCAGGAGACCAUGCUGACGUCACGGAACUCUGAAUUCAACGGGCACAUGCAGACCAGUAAGGUCUGAAAAAAUGGCCGCCUGCUGGUGGGAAUAGCUACAUGCGCACGGAACGCUCUCGGCAAACAAACGCCUCGCUUUCAUGAAGUGGAAAUAGUGAUCCGCGGACUCCAUGUAGACUCUGUUUGAAGAUCAUGGUGGCCGAGUGACGUUUAAAGGAACCCGAUUUGUAUAUAUGUAAAAAAAAAAACGAAACAUUUCCGAUUCCAUAUUUGCUGCGGAGGAUAGUUUUGCCUAUUCUUGUUACCUAUGCAUUAUCAUCGCUAUCUGGAAAAAUGGUACAGACUGUUUUUUUUGUUUGUUUUUUUUAUGUAAAUUUCCGCACGGUUAUGAUUUGCUUCUCUUUUCUGGCUGCUGCUUCGACGGCGUACGUUGUUUAUGGGCAAAUUCGAUUCUGCCGCUAAUAAAAAUAUGGCGCUGUCACAAAAUAA